AUGCCUAGACGAUCAGGAUCGAGCCUUGCUUUCGAGGAGGCUGGCCAUACUAUCCCUGACGACGGCAACGGAAGCAUUCCAUAUGCCUUCAGAGAGGUACAGCAGUUCCACCAAGGCCUUCACCAGCGCCACGUCCAAAUGAUUGCAUUAGCUGGAACAAUUGGAACUGGUUUGUUCCUCAGCUCUGGCCAAGCAAUUGCAACUUCAGGUCCUUUGGGUGUCUUGAUUGGUUAUACUAUCACUGGUCUCGCUGCUUCUAGUGUCGUCUCUGCUGUGGGAGAGAUGGGUUCUCUAGUGCCCCUUAGUGGAGGUGUUGUUCGCUAUGCAGAAUAUUUUUUCGACCCUGCACUAUCAUUUGCUGAUGGAUGGAACCAGAUAUACUCAUAUUUGGUAUCUGUUCCCGCAGAAAUUGUUGCUGCGGCCGUGUUGGUUGAAUUCUGGAUUUCAGUUAACAACGCAAUAUGGAUUACUGUAUUCGGACUGCUAAUGCUCAUUACGCCACUUGUGUUUAUCAGAAUCUAUGGAGAGAUCGAGUUUUUCUUCUCUAUGGUGAAGAUAGCACUCAUUAUUGGGCUAAACAUCAUGGCCAUUGUGAUUUCCUGCGGAGGAGGACCAAAUGGUGAAUCUAUUGGAUUCAGAUACUGGAGAGAUCCAGGGCCAUUUGUCCAGUAUUUAGGUAUACAUGGUUCUUGGGGUCAAUUUCUUGGCUGCUGGUCAUCCUUUUACAAUGCAGUCUAUGCAUACUCGGGAAUUCAGAAUAUCACUGCUGCUGCUUCUGAGCUAAGGUCACCAAGGCAUUCAAUUCCAAAGGCUACUAAACGGCUUUUUAUUAGAAUCUUUGCUUUCUAUGUCCUGUCAAUUUUCACAGUUGGCUUGAUCGUCCCAUCCAAUGAUCCCAAGCUUCUUCAAGGAAAUUCUAAUCACCCUACGGCUUCUCAAUCACCAUUUGUUAUUGCUGCCGAGAGUGCUGGUAUCACAGCUGUACCAUCGAUUAUUAACGCUGUCAUAAUAACCUCAGCUUGGUCUGCUGGCAAUGCGGACAUACUUUUUGGGUCUCGAAUUCUCUUUGGCAUCUCAGUUCUUGGACAUGGGCCCACAGUCUUCCAGCGGCUAAAUCGAUUUGGUGUUCCUUAUGUUUCUGUUAUUCUUUUUGGGAUUUUUAUGAGUUUGGGAUAUAUGUCACUCGACGAGUCCUCCAGUGCAGUUUUUAGGUGGUUACAAAAUGUUGUAGCUGUCUCUACCCUGGUGGACUGGGGUAUCAUCUGCAUUGUAUACCUCCGGUUUUACUAUGGAUGCAAGAAACAAGGGAUCAACCGAUAUACGGAGCUUCCUUGGGCGGCCCCUUUUCAGCCCUACUCCACCUGGGCCUCACUUAUAUUGUUCAUCCUUUUACUACUUACUGGUGGGUAUAGUGCAUUUAUACCCGGCCACUGGAGCACCGAGACUUUCAUCUCAUCCUAUAUCAACAUUCCGAUAAUUUUGGUGCUAUACUUUGGCUACAAACUCUGGAAGAAGACUACCAUUCGUCCUUUGGAGGCAAUUCCAAUUUCUGGAUUUGUGCAGUUUUAUCUCUGCCAGGAAUAUCCAGAGCCCGAGGCCAAGCCUAAGAAGGGUCUCCAAAAGUUCAAAAUCCUGUGGUCAUAG